UCAAGUCAUAUAAAAUAAGAUAAUCUUAUUUAUCAAAUCAUGUACUUUAUAGCCUAUAAUAUAUUAUUUAAUCACGUAUUCGUUCAGAGUUUCGAUUAAUUUCAUGUUAUUUACAUAAAAAUUUGUGAUAUAAGGUUUUCAGAACUAUUUUAUAAAAUGAAUCCAAUUCAAAUAUCGAAUAUGAGACAAAAAACAAGUAUACUAGAUAAGUCUAUUAGCAAAGGUAAAGGUGAAAUCAACAUGAACUGUUUUGCAUUGAUGUUUUCUGAACUAGUACAGUAUUGUCAAGGAAAGGCUCAUACAGUAAAUGAAUUACAAAUGAGAUUAUCUGACUUGGGACAAGAAGUUGGUACAAAAUUAAUAGAUUUACAUUUUCUACGUGAAAAAAACAGCAAACGCGAGAUAAAAUUAUUGAAUAUGCUGUUAUUUAUUAAAUCUACCUUCUGGAAAAGUUUCUUUGGCCGCGAAGCUGACAAAUUAGAACACUCAAAUGAUGAUGAUUCUACCUAUUAUAUAAUUGAAAAAGAGCCAUUAGUAAAUAAAUUCAUUUCAGUUCCUAAAGAUAAAGGUAAUUUGAACUGUGCUGUAUUUGUUGGUGGCAUAAUUGAAGGAAUACUAAAUUCAUCGGGCUUUAAUGCUAAAGUCACCGCACAUUGGCACAAAGGUACUACUUACAUGGUAAAAUUUGAAGACCAUGUUAUAACCAGAGACAAACAAAUGGAUGAACGUUAAUAUCAUUAAAUCAUAGAUCUAUUUUUUUUUUUUUGCUGU